AUGCCUCGUCUAGAGCUCUCCGCAGCCUUAGCCGGUGCCCAAUUAGCGGAUCUUGUCCAGAAAGAGUUGACUCUCCCUCUUGAUGAAGUCAUCCUGUGGAGUGACUCGACUACUGUGCUCACCUGGCUGCAAUCAGAAUCCUGCCGGUAUAAAGUGUUCUUUGGCACCCGUGUCGCAGAAAUACAGACCCUGACCGAUGUUGACAAGUGGCGGUAUGUCGACACCAAGAACAACCCCGCAGAUGACCUUACGAGAGGCAAAACCCUGGUUGACCUCAGCCAAGCCAACAGAUGGAGAGAUGGUCCUUCCUUCCUCCGGUUGUCCCCCGACACAUGGCCAGCUCACCCGUCUACACAGACAGAAGACCCAUCUGAGUUCAAGAAGUCAACCUUCUGUGGUGCUGUGGUCGUCAUUCAGCCCAACUUACCUGAUCCAUCCGAACAUGACACCUGGAGUGACCUUGUUGCAGCUACCAUGCAGCAUCUUCAUGGGGCGGCCGAGGAUGCUGAUCCUACCAAGUUGGUUGAACAACGGGUAGAAGCCGAGAUGUUUCUUUAUCAGCGUGCUCAACAAGAUUCCUUCCCAGAGGAGAUUGCUUGCAUCCAAGCAGGCAAAGAGCUCCCCCGUGGUAGCAGACUCCUGCAGCUUGCUCCAGAGUAUGACGAAUCUUGCGGCCUCAUCCGAGUGGGAGGACGUCUUCGUCGUACCCAAGAUCUACCCAAAGACACCAAGCAUCCCAUCGUGAUGAAUCCAGCUCAUCCCAUAACAAGGCUUAUCAUCCGUGACUACGAUGAGAAGUUGCUCCACUACGGACCUGAGCGCAUCCUGGCAGAGAUCCGACGUAAGUUUUGGAUACUACGCGGAAGAGAAGCAAUCCGAAAGCAUCAACGCCAGUGCUUCGAAUGCCAGAAGUGGAGAGCUAGCCCUCAAGUUCCGAAGAUGGGAGAUUUGCCUCCAGCACGCCUCCGCCUCUUCAAGCCUCCCUUCUACUCAACAGGGGUAGACUGUUUCGGUCCAAUGACGUGCAAGAUUGGGAGAAGGAGCGAGAAGCGUUGGGGGAUCAUAUUUAAAUGUAUGACCACCAGGGCCAUUCACCUUGACCUACUAGACAGCCUCGAUACUGACGCGUUCUUGAUGGCCUUUAGACGGUUCAUCUCCAGAAGAGGGAAACCAUUCGAGAUCCUGUGCGACUGUGGCACUAAUUUCAAAGGAGGUGAUAAUGAGCUGCGGGACGCCUUUGCUGCCAUGGAUCCCAUCUUACAGCAGGAGCUUGCCAAGCACCAGGUCAAGUUUGUGUUUAAUCCUCCGAAGGCUCCACACUUUGGAGGAACCUGGGAACGGGAGAUCAAGUCCGUGAAAGAUGGCCUGAGAGUUGCCCUGAAUGAGCAGUCCGUCCCUGAGUCAGUACUUCGCACAGUGCUCAUUGAAGUCGAGGGAAUCUUAAAUUCCAAGCCUCUGGGGUAUGUCUCAUCUAAUGUUGCAGAUCCCGAUCCAGUCACUCCAAACCUUCUGCUGAUGGGGCGGCAUGAUGCGACUCUCCCUCAGGUUGUCUAUCCUGCAAGGGAUCUACUUGGCAGACGACGCUGGAAGCACAGCCAGGUCCUCGCUGAUCACUUUUGGUCCGGGUUCGUCAAAUCCUACUUGCCGACUCUCCAGGAGCGCCAGAAGUGGCAUACAGACCGUCCAAACCUGACCACCAAUGAUGUCGUUAUGAUUGUCGACCCAGCACUCAGCAGAGCUCAGUGGCCCAUCGGAAGAGUUGCAGAGACCUUUCCGGGUUCCGACGGUCGUGUCCGCACUGCCAGCGUGAGCGUUCGAGGUAAAACCUACACUCGCCCAGUGGCACGACUGAUCAGGCUUCCAGAGGUCAGUGACGACAACCUACCCGAUGGUGAACCCGACAACACCUAA